GUAUCGCGUCCAAACCCAUAUCCAGCAUCUUGGAAACCGCUCCAACGUAUAUACCUUCUCAGCCCAAGACACCCUCACUUGCUCAGAACCGAGUUAGAUGCCAGACCACGAUUCACCUUCGUCUCCCGAUGGAGGGAAAUGUGCCGCCCCUCCAAACGAUGGCAGCGAUGCGGGAAACAGGCAUGUCGGCCGCGUUGCGCCUGCAGGUGGGAGUGUAACCCAAAAGGAUAGCAAAGUGGGGUUAAAGAAGGUUCGUAAAGUGGAUUUCUCGGCGGUGUUUGCCCAAGUAAUGGUGGAGACAAAAGAUUUGGACAAGGAGGCGAUUGAGGCGAAGUUUCCCUGGAUGAAAAACAACCCUCCAAGAGGCGUCGGGCCUGAUGUGGCAGCUAGGGUAUUGGAGGAGAUAUAUGAAGAGCUGGCGCGCGAGGCAGACAAGGAGACUGAAGACGAUGCACCGAAGAGAGCCUCCCAAGCUCAACCAUAAAGAUUCCGUCUUCGCGAAUGUUGCCCACAUGGCCCAGCUUUCCCUCGGCGCCGUGUAAGCAAACUGGUAUGAAAUUUCCACGAAUUAAAGGGCAAUGACGGAUGGCCAGACUUGGAGCUCAAGAAAUAUCGAGCAAUGUGCAUGAGGCCCUCAUUUUCAUGCCAAGGGGUCUUUGACAUCGCUCCCAUCACGACCCGGAAACUCUGCAAGAUUAUUCAAAAAAUGAUAAUAUUUGUCCAAAGAA